AUGAUAUUAACAAAUAAAACAGUUUGUAUAACAGCUGGCAAUAAAGGCCUUGGAAGAGAAAUAGUCAAGUUACUAUUGAAUAAAUGUAGUAGAAUAAUAAUUAUCGAUAGAUCUGAACAACUUCUUAAACAUGAUAAAAUAACUUAUAUUAGAAUAGAUUUAAGUAAUGAGAAACCACCUAUUCAAGAUGUAGAUAUUUUUAUAUCUAAUCUGGGAAUGUCUGUUGGUCCUAAAACAGUAGAUGAUAUGUCCUAUGAAGAGAUGUGUAAAAUGAUACAUGUAAACAUUUCCUUACAAAUAUGGUUUUAUAAAAAUUUUAAGUAUAAAAAGUUUGUGUUUAUUAAUUCUGUACUUUCUUAUGUAGGGCUAGAAAAAUAUUCUUUUUAUGCUGCCAGUAAAGCAUUUAUUAGAAUUCUUAAUCACAGUCUAAUACGAGAAGGGAAGGAUACACUGAUUGUUUAUCCUUAUAAAAUUGAUACACCAAUGUUUAAAGAAGUAAAAGAUAUUUAUACUCUUAAAGCUGAAGAUGUAGCAAAACAGGUUGUAUUGGGAAUAGAAAAGGAUAAAAGGGAAAUUUGGAUACCUUGGUUUUUUAGAAUAUUUGUGUUUAUAUUUAGAAUUAUACCCUUCUGUGUUGAAAGUUGGAUAUUAUCUAAUGUAUCUAAACUUUUUUUAAGAAAAAAGAAAGUUAAUUAA